AUGAUACUCCUCGCCAUAGGCGAAGAAUAUGGGUUCAAGGUGUAUCUUGACACCACCCACGGGCUCAUCAUUCUGACUAUGAAUGGUGGAGACUUUCCACGCUGUGAGCCCGACUUUGAGGGUGAUGUGUCAAAUCCUUAUGUCGACUGGGAUGCGGAGGAGGGUCACGAACAAGGGACAUUAGGAGAUCAUGAGAACAGUGACGACGAGGAAGAGGCAGAGGACAUUUUCGGCGACAACGAUUGGAGAAGUGGCGCCAAGUCUGAAGCCUUCAGAAUCCAAACCUUCUUCGAUCUGUGCAAAGAGCAAUGGAGACGAAUGAACCUGAUGCCCAGGCUGGAACACCUAGGCCGGAUCGAUAUGCUCCAGCAUCCCGAGCCUUCUCCAGAUCAAGCUGUGCGUCAACAAAUUCUAAGAAAUGCUGGAUGGCCAGGCACUGGGCCGGAAGUUGGAAUGGGUUGGGACAAGAAGAAGGCAAAGAAGGAUAUGAUUGAAUAUUUUGGUGCCUGGGAUUUCGAAGAGAGCGACUGA